CGAGGGAGCCCAACCCCUUCCCUCCACCACAAACCAGAGACAGAUAACGCAACACAGCACCACCAUGCCGCCGCCGUUGCCGUCCGCCGUCUCCGCCUCCGCCUCCGCCGCAUCCUCCCCCUUCUUCCUCCGUUCCCCGCCUCCUCUUCCCAAUCCCCCCCGAUCUUCGAGACCCCUCAAGCGCCACUCAACAUCCUGUCUCUCCCUGGUGGUCGCGCGGGCCUCGGCUUCCGGCGCCGCCGAGACCGAAACGGUCUUCUUCGACGGCGGCGCCCACUACGGCGACCUGGUGGCGAACCUGGUCCUGGGCCUGACCCUUCUCUGGCUGCCCCUGACCCUGGCCGCCGUGUCCCGCGCGCUGCUCCUCCGGUACCGCUUCACCUCCCGCCGCGUCACCGUCAUCUCGGGCCUCUCCGGCGACGACCGCACGGACUUCCCCUACUCCUCCGUCUCCGACGUCGUCGUCGUUCCGCGGUUCAUAGGUGAGUGGGGCGACAUCGUCAUCACGCUCAGGGAUGGGACCAAGGUGGACCUCCGGAGCGUGCCCAGGUUCCGCGAGGUCGCAGAUUACUGCCGCAAGAUGGCCGCCGCCGAGGGGGGCCUAGGGAGCCGCUGAGGACGCAGUUGUUCUGAAUUGUGCAGUGCGGAGUGUUUUUUGUGCUUGAUCGCGCUUGUCUGUUGUAAAUUGUUAAUGUGAGGACAGAAGCUUCUGACGAAAGUAAAGAAGGUUAAUGCAUUCUGUUCACUGUUCAGUAUGUCGAUCGAUAGCCUAUUCAGUAUGUCGAUCAACAUGACAGUCAGUGGCAACUCGUGUUCUUCUUGCAAGUGCACUUUCUAGCGGCAUGCCUUUGUUACUC